AUGGGCGAAUCACUUAUUGGCAUUGCUGGCAUCCACGACAUUUCCCCUUCAGUUUACUCGUCCAUCCUGAGCGCGGCGUAUCAUGAAGCCGAUACUCUCAACUCGCCAGCAACGCUUGUCCUCCUGACACAAGCAACCAAAGAUGCAAUCAAUCAACUUACCAGGGACUCGGUGACUCAUUCACCUGUUAAACGUUCUUUCACCUCUCCGUUUCUCGGAUGGAGUGCUCAUAACGUUGCGCAAUUCUUGUCCGAGACCGCAGAAGGGAGCAUUGUGGACCCGGGACUGUUUCUUCUUGCUGACGACACAACGGCAGAAGAUGAGAAUACUUUAUUAUUGGUGCAGGUUCAAAGGACAGAAAGAUGCAAGAAUCAAUUCAGCCUCAGAAGUGUGCGUUUAGCUGCGAGAUUCCUGAAUACCGAGGCGGUUGCUGUGUCGAUCGGUGCGAAAGGAAUAGAUGAACGGUUGACUAGGGUGGAUGGGGACGGGGUAUUCAGUGGUUGA